AUGGCACCACCCCGCAAGCGCCGCAGGGCCCCAACGAACCCCAUCGAGGCAGCGAACCGCAAAUCCGAUGCCGACUUUAUCAGGGACCAUCUCCAGCCCAGCCCCGAGUGGACGAAAUGGACGCACCCCAAGAGCGGCACAUCGUACACCCUCUCACUCAAGUCCCCGGCGCAGCUCGCACAGAGUGAGCUGAAAGCGUGCUUCGAUCUCAUCGACUACACCAGUGGAGCCGAUUACCGCGCUUCGAAAGAUGGGUGGCGGCCGGCGCAUAAGAUGAGGGAGAUGAAGAGUGAAGGAUUGCGAUAUAUCCUCGUCAAAAAGUCGGGUUCAUCAGCACCUGAUGCAGCUACCGCUGGUAAUGACGAGAGUGAGGUGUGCGGAAAUGCUGCGGAGGACAAGAUUUGUGGGUUCACGAGUCUUAUGCCUACCUUUGAGGAGGGUGAGGCUGUGGUAUACUGCUAUGAGAUCCACCUCCUAGAGGAAUUACGAGGCACGGGCGUGGGUCGCACACUUAUGGAUUACCUCGUAAAAGUGGCGGAGAGCAUUCCCAUAAUUGAAAAGGUGAUGUUGACAUGCUUCAUCGCCAACGCAGAUGCGCGCGCGUUCUAUGAGAAGCUUGGCUUCGAGAUUGAUGCGCUGUCGCCUGUGGAGAGAAAGUUGAGAUUCGGCAAGGUGUUUGUGCCGGAUUAUGUCAUCAUGAGCAAGAGGGUUCGUGAUAAGAAGAAGGGUGAGGGGAAGGAAGAUCUGGAUGAGGUUGGUGCGGCGAAUGAAGACGCGUGA